UUGAGACAUUAACAAUCAGCUGUUUACGUUAUGUCAUGGCAAUCAUCGGUGGUGUUGUGAUUUGUGAAUGAUAUCCUCCAAACUGCAUUUUUAUAGCAUAUUUCCACUUAAAAAAGUAGGUAAAUAAAGUUAAAAUUUUAAGCCAUGUUUCACCAUCGUGUAUUAUUAACGGGCAAGCAAAAAACAUGUUUAUACGUUACAACGUUGCGGUAUACGAGAAUGGUCUCCGAUUCUAACUCAGUUCAAAGCGUACAGCUUCCAAACCCGACGAAAAUAUCGUCAGAUAUGGUCGGUCCACCAGAUCCUGUGUCCAACUUGAGGAGGAUUAUAUUCAGGCAGCCACAGAACGAGACGACAUUGGAGAAACGAUACAGAGAAAUGCGGAGUGAGGUUCAAGAAUGGAAUCAAGAAUUUUGGUCUCAACACAAUUCUAGGUUUUUCCAGGAAAGAGAAGAAUUUCUAAAGAAGAAUCUGCCAGAGGGAAAACAAAACCUGAGUGCAGACGAAAUGAGUGUAUUUUACAAAGCCUUCCUUGAUAAAAACUGGAACGCCCACAUGGCCUAUAACAAAGAGUGGUACAAAAGGAAUGUUAAAUUGUUAGCCCUCUCGAUACAAGUGAAAAUUAAAAAGUUACUAAAAAUUAAAGAUUCGAAAUAAUGAAAUUGA